GUUCGGUACGGGACGGGACGGGACCAUGCCCAGUAGUUCGCCGGUGAUCGUGUGGAACGGUGCUCAGUAUACGGCCAGCAGCAAAGAGCUCGAGCAGCUGCGUCGCGACUACGGCCUGGAUGCACGCAUGCUGGAGGCGACCCUUGUGCCGCGCUACAAACGCCACAAACCGGAGGCCAGUGCACGCAACGAGCACGUCAAUCCCAUCUCCAGCUCCAGUUCGGACUGGAUUCUGCGCCAGGAUAAGGACAAGACCGUCAGCCAGGUCAAUUUCCAUCCCUGGCCGGGCACCCACUUCGAUCUGGUGCCGUGGCGACGCACCCGCUCCGCCUUGGACCUCACCUCGGUGGCCGACUACAACCACAGCCUGCUGGUGGACGCCAAGUCGCUGCGCGGCCUAGAGAAGCUCGAGUUGCGGCAGCAACGGCGCCGCCUGCAGCGUGCCCAGUCCACCCACCAAGGCCUGAGGCGCCUCGUGCGCGUGCGCCUCAUCUUCUCCAUCGAGCUGCGCCACAAGCGGAUGGAGGUGCUCCGGAAGAGCGCGCUGCCCGUGCGCGUCUUUGAGCAGCGGUUCGCUCUCAGCGAGAACGAGAGCGCCGCCUACGAGCGGGUGCUGCUGGAUGCCAAUGCGGGAGUGGAGCAGCAUGUGGGCUACUUCAGCAGAAGGCCACAGCAGCCAGCGCAGGAUGAGCAGCUUGUGGUGGACUUUGCCAGCGAAACAGAGGCAGAAACGGAGGAUAAAGCGGAAGCCGAUGAGGCUCUCUAUGCCACAAUAGCCAGCCCAGGAGCCAAGAGAGCAGCUUCCACAGCAACUGGCACUGCCACUGUUCCUCCUCCUGUUGCUGUCACUGCCAAUGUAACUCCUGCAUCGGGUCAGGUGCCAUGCGUCAAGUGUCGCCACAUUGCCAUCAAACUAAGAACCAUAAACGACUAUGCUCUAAGCUCGAAUCUGCACUUGAAGCACAGCAACAGCAACAGCAACGGCAACGGCAACAACCACAACAGCCACAAGCUGAACAACUUGCACAGCAACAACAAAGUCAUUGGCAGCGGCAACGGCAACGGCCACUGCAACAGCAACAGCAACAGCAGCAACAGCAGCAGCAACCUGAACAGAAUGAUGCACGCCCACCAGCUGGACUCGUAUCUGGGCGGAGGACCACUCCAGAUGAUGAACAUGAGCAGCAUUGGCCAACUGCACCAUCCGGGGAAUGUUUCGGCAAACGAAAGGCCCAACGGAGGGGCUCUGGCACUGCACUAUGCUGCCGCGCGUGGCUGCCUCGAUUGUGUGCAACUGCUGGUGGCAGCAUCUGUAGAUAUUUGCUACUUCUCCACCAUCAACGUUAAGAAGGGCCUGCUGGGCCGCAUGACCACAAGUCUGACCUCCUACCGCCGCAGCAAACAGAAGAGCAAAUCGAACAAUGACAUCCACACGAUCAUCGCCACGGAGGUAACGGCCGCCAUCCUCAGCAGCAGCAGCCACAGCAGCAAUUCGGAGAUCGAGCAAAGCCCCACGGAGCUGGGAGGCCAGAAUCAGGACAGCCACAGCCACAGCCACAAACAGGAGCAUAGCAAUUCGAAUAGCAGCGAUCUGCAGGAUCUAAGUGAGCUCAUGAUGGAGGCACACAAGCAUCAGCACUCGCACCAGCACCAGCACCAGCAUCCGCACCAGCAUCAGCAUCAGCCGAGGAAGGCCGCUGUGGAGGCUGUGCGGGAUCGCUUGGAUGUUGAGGAUGAUGAGAACGACUCCAACGAUGAUGACGAGGCGACGCCCAUGCUGAGCGGAGUGGGGCGAAAGGAGCAGAACAAUCGCCGCAGUGUUGUGAGCGCCAAUACGCAAAUGGACAAUGAUGUCACGCCCGUCUAUUUGGCAGCACAGGAGGGCCACUUGGAGGUGCUCAAGUUUCUGGUGCUUGAAGCCGGCGGCUCACUUUAUGUUCGUGCACGCGACGGCAUGGCACCGAUCCAUGCCGCUUCACAAAUGGGCUGCUUGGAUUGCCUCAAAUGGAUGGUUCAAGACCAAGGCGUCGAUCCAAAUCUGCGGGAUGGCGACGGUGCCACGCCACUGCAUUUUGCCGCCUCACGGGGUCAUCUGUCCGUGGUGCGUUGGCUGCUCAAUCACGGUGCCAAGUUGUCGCUGGACAAGUAUGGCAAGUCGCCCAUUAACGAUGCGGCCGAGAACCAGCAGGUUGAGUGCCUGAAUGUGCUGGUCCAGCAUGGUACGUCGGUGGACUACAACAGCAAGAACAGCGUGCAGCGACAUAAGGCGCAGCAGCAGCAAAUGCAACAUCAACAGCAGCAACAUCAGCAGCAGCAGCAGCAGCAGCAGCAACAUUUGAGCAGCAGCUGCAACUCAAACUCAAACUCCUCGAAGCAAACGAGUCGCAGCAACACCAUCAAGUCCAAGUCAUCGUCCACAUUGAGCUCCGAUGUGGAACCAUUCUAUUUGCAUCCGCCAGCAGUGACUGCAGGCGCUGGAGGAGGAUCAGCAAUGGGCUUGGGCCUAGGCAUGGGCAUGGGCAUGGGCAUGGGCAUGGGCAUUGGUAUGGGAAUCUCGCGAAAGAACAGCGAUGCCUUGUACUCGCAGCAGUCGCGCAGCUCCUCGGAGAAGCUGUACAAUGGCAGCUCAUCCAUGGGGGGAGGCAACGGAGGUGGAGGUAGCAGCUCCACGGGCGGUGGCGGUGGCGGCGGCGGCGGCGGGGCAUUGUUGCCCAACGAUGGGCUGUAUGUAAAUCCCAUGAGGAACGGCGGAAUGUAUGCCACGCCCUCGCCCAACGGCAGCAUCUCGGGUGAGUCGUUCUUCCUGCACGAUCCGCAGGACAUCAUCUACAACCGGGUGCGGGACCUGUUCGUGGACUCGGACUGCAGCAGCGUGAAGCAGCACAACAGCAACAACAACAGCCACAGCCACAGUCACAGCCACAGUCAUCACAGCAGCAGCCACCAUCAUCAGCAGCAGAUAAUGCAGUCGAAGGCUGGCAACGCAAUGACCAUCCAGGCGGAUGUCCAUUCCAGCUCGAGCGGCGCUGGCAGCGGCUCCGACGAGUCCGUCUCCAUCUCGUCCAGCUUCAAUUCGCCCAAGAGCAGCAGCCACCACCAUCAGCAGAUGCGCAGCCAAAGCUUCAAUCGGCAUGGCAGCAGCAGCAACAGCAACAUCAGCAACGGCAAUGGCAACAUCAGCAACAGCAACAGCAGCGGCGGGAAGAACAACAACAGCAACAAUAACUACAAGCAGCACAAGAGCAUGGCCAGCAAUGGCAAUCAGAAUGGUGGCGGGGAUCACGAUUACGAGGAUAUUUAUCUGGUGCGUGAGGAGUCGCGCAAGCAGCACCAACAUCAGCAGCAACACCAGAUACAGCUGCAGCAACAUCAGCAACAGCUGCAGCAACAUCAGCAGCAGCAACAGCAACAUCAGCAGCAGCAUCAGCAACAUCAGCAGCAACAGCAGCAACAGCAGCAGCAGCAACAUCAGCAACAGCAGCAACAACAGCAACAUAAAUACAAUGUGGGACGUUCUCGAUCCCGGGACAGUGGCUCCCACUCACGUUCGGCCAGCGCCAGUUCCACACGCAGCACAGACAUUGUCCUGCAGUACAGCAAUCAUCAUUUGAACAACAAGCGCAAUAACAGCAUUUCCAGCAGCAACAAUAAUGGCAAUAACCACAUCAGCAGUGCUAACAACAACAACAACAGUCUGCUCAAUCGCAACAAAUCGCAUUCAAUCAUCGGUCUGCACAGCAGCAAAUACGAUUCCUCGCUGAAGGACAACUACAGCUCGAAGAAUGUGAACCUCAAGAAUCAGCUGCUCAAUGGCGGCAUCAAGAGCGACACCUACGAGAGCGUCUGUCCACCCGAGGAUGUGGCCGAACGCACCAAGCAGACGCACAAGAACUCCAUGAUACGCAACAAUCUGGUGGAUGCCUCCAUGCCACAGUUGCUCGGCAGCAGCAGUCCCAAUAUUGCACAGAAUGUAAACGGCAGCGGCAGCGGCAGCAACCAUCAGAACAACAGCAACAACAAUCUGGGAAGCAGGAACCUGAAGCGGGUAUCCUCGGCGCCACCCAUGCAGAACGUGGCUUUGGUGAAUGGACCACCACCACCGCCACUGCCACCACCGCUGCGCGCUCCAGCUCAGCAGCAGCGCAACAACUUGAAUGCCGAACAACCGAGCAACGGCAACAACGACAGCGGCAGCAACAGCAACAUCUACAAGAAGAAUGUGUUUGGAGCGAAUGCAGUGUCCAGUGGUGCCGUGCCAACUGCUGCUCCCAUUGUGGCCAACGAUGCCGUUGACUCCGACUCUGGCCUGGAGGUGAUCGAGGAGCCAAGUCUGCGACCAUCGGAGCUGGUGCGGGGCAAUCACAAUCGGACCAUGUCCACCAUAUCAGCGAACAAGAAAGCCAAGCUGCUCAAUGGUAACGCCAAUCCUCCAGUCAACAAUGCAGCAGCUGCAGCAGCAGCCGCCCAACCGAAUGGGGAGGCAAACUGUGGAGGUGGAGGUGGAGGAGAAUCGCGUAAUCCGAAUGGCAGCAUCUAUGGCUAUGCUGAGGCACCCAAGUCCCAGAGGGGCGGCAACUAUCAGCAGACGACAUCGCCGCAUUACCCGCAGCAGCAGCAGCAGCAACAGCAGCAGCAGCAGCAUCCGAAUCAUCAUCAUCAGUAUGCGCCGAGCCUUUAUGGCGGUGGAUCCUCGGCGGAGGACCAUUACGAGCUCACCCAGCAGCAGGCGCAGUAUGCGGGCAUUUAUGGGGAGGCUGGGAGCGUGGCCAACGGAUCGGUUAGCGGUCGCACGGGCGGACCCAAUCUGGUCAAUAAGCAGCUGGUGCUGCCGUUUGUGCCCCCCAGUUUUCCCAAUAAAUCGCAAGACGGCAUCACGCACCUCAUCAAGCCGUCCGAGUAUCUGAAGAGCAUCAGCGAUAAGCGUUCGUGUCCAUCCUCGGCCCGCUCCACGGACACGGAGGACUACAUGCAGAUACAGAUUGCCAGCCAGCAACACCAGCCACAGAUUCAUCCCCAGCAGCAGCAGCAGCAGCAUCAUCACCAUCAGCAUCCACAUCCACAUCCACAUCAUAAUCAUCAUGGAAUUGGGGAGCAGCCACCGUUGCCGCCGCCGCCACCGCCCUUGCCACACAAUGUGCCGCUGCCGCCCAUGAUGAUGCCCGGCAUGAUGAACGGCAACGGCAAUGACUCCACCAUGGCCGGCAAGUCGCACAAGACCAAGAAGCCGCACGGUGCCACGCCCAAUAGUCAGGACACUGCCACACGGAAGCAGCACCAGCCGCUCUCGGCCAUUUCCAUACAGGAUCUGAACAGCGUUCAGCUGAGACGCACGGACACGCAGAAGGUGCCGAAGCCGUACCAGAUGCCAGCCCGCAGCCUGAGCAUGCAGUGCCUCACAUCCAGCACGGACACGUAUCUGAAAUCGGAUCUGAUUGCCGAGCUGAAGAUCUCCAAGGACAUACCGGGCAUCAAGAAGAUGAAGGUCGAGCAGCAGAUGGCCAACCGCAUGGACUCCGAGCACUAUGUGGAGAUAACCAAGCAGUUUACGGCCAACCACUACGUGGAUCAGAUCUACUUGCAGAUACCGGAAAAGGAUCAGGCCGGCAAUGCCAUACCCGACUGGAAGCGUCAAAUGAUGGCCAAGAAGGCGGCCGAGCGGGCCAAGAAGGACUUUGAGGAGCGCAUGGCCCAGGAGGCCGAAUCGCGUCGCCUCUCGCAGAUACCGCAGUGGAAGCGCGAUCUAUUGGCCCGCCGCGAGGAGACCGAGAACAAGCUGAAAGCGGCCAUCUACACGCCCAAGGUGGAGGAGAACAACCGCAUUGCGGACACCUGGCGGCUGAAGAACCGCGCCAUGUCCAUAGACAACAUCAACAUCAAUCUAGCCGGCAUGGAGCAGCACUAUCAGCAGAUCCAGUUCCAGCAGCUACCACAGCAGCAUCCCCAGCAGGGCGGCAACAAGGAGAACCACAGCCACAGCCCAGACUCCAACCCAGAGCCGGAACAGGCCGCCGCUGCCGCAGCCGCAGCCGCCGCCCUGGAGCCAACCGUGGACCAGCCGAUAGACCGGGAGACCCACGAGCAGCAGCAACAGCAGCAACAGCAACAGCAGCAGCAGCAGGAGGAGGACAACAUCAUACCCUGGCGUGCCCAGCUACGAAAGACCAACAGUCGCCUCAGCCUCAUCUGAUUUGAUUACGAUUAUGAUUAUGAUUUUGAUUCUGAUUCCCCCAUGAGUCUUAUAAGUGGUGCAUUUUGUUUGUUUUUUUUUUUUUUUUUUUUUUUUCCUAACUUAAAAACUGUGCAAUUACGAUAUGAAAUGAUAAUUAAACCUACUAUAUUAUAAUAUUAUACUAGCUUAAGAUUAGGCAUUGUUUCAUCAACCAACUGCAGAUCCAAGGCAAGCUUAAACCCAAAAAAAAA